CGAGAACAAAACUCUCACAGUGGAGGAGAAGAGAAAAUGGAAGGUUGUGUAGGCUUCGUCUUAUGAUAGGACACAGCUGGAUAACCAGAAAGUUUGUCUUCUUCCAUGGAGGGCUUUAUGGAUAUCAAUGAGAUCCAUGACCUCACUGGCACUGAUACAGAGGAGCACAUAGGCGAUGGUAAUGCAGAGCAGCAGGUGGAGGGGGCCGAGAGGGGUGCUAGGCCGACCAUCAGCGAGUUCAAAAAGACCUGGGGCUUCAGGCGGACCACGGUUGCCAGAAGAGAGUUUGUGGGAUUGGAUGAGACUGAAGAUCCAGAAUCUCCGCCCCUACCCACACGUCGGGGCAGAGGCCGCCCGGCCCAGACCUAUUCAAGACGUGGGCGAGGGGGGAGAAGGAGCGCCCCGGCUGACCUGGAGCACUCCGAGACGGGCUCCCCUACUCCAAUGGACACAGAGCCUGCCUCAGAGGCCCUAGAGCCCUGCCCAGGUGCCAGAUUAGACCCCUCCUCUUGGCGGGACUUUGGAUCUGCAUUCAGCACGGCUUUUUCCCUACUUGGGGAGAAGAAAGAGGAGGACAGGACCACAGCUGCCCCUCCUAGCUAUGGGGGUAGUGGGGACAUGGAAGCUGCCUCUAGUAUAGAGGAGGACAGUGAUGAGCUGACCCUGAAGCAGCUUCAGGAGCGGCUGAGCAUUAGGGGGAGAGGUGAGGCCAGAGGCAGAGGGGUCAGAGGGAGAGGCAGGGCUAGGGGAAGGGGUAGAGGGAGAGGGAGAGGACGAGGGAGAGGUAGGGGGCGUGGGAGGGGUAGGAGGGUAGAGCCAGAGUCGAGCACUGCAGAUGAAGAAGAGGUGAUUUUUGUAAAUGAGUUGGAACAGCAGCAGGUGUAUCAGCCUCAGGAGGAGGAGAGGGAGCAGAGUCCCGAGGAGGCUGUUGUAGUGGUUGAACCGCAAAGCCCUUCUCCUUCUCAACAGUCCAGCUCAGAGUCUAUGCCUCCUCUCGAGUCUGAUCCAGAGCCAGAGACAAAAGAAGAAAAGCCCAGCCAAUAUGAUAAUGUAACAGAGGAGGUGGACGAGGUGGAGGAGGAGAAGGACGAGGUGGAGGAGGAGAAGGACGAGGUGGAGGAGGAGAAGGACGAGGUGGAGGAGGAGAAGGACGAGGAGGAGAGGGACGAGGUGGAGGAGGAGAGGGACGAGGUGGAGGAGGAGAGGGACGAGGUGGAGGAGGAGAGGGACGAGGUGGAGGAGGAGAAGGACGAGGUGGAGGAGAGGAUCGAGGAAGAAAAGUCAGAGUAUUCUAGCAUAUCGGACAGUGAGGGCUACAACCCCAAUGCCCUUUACUGCAUCUGUCGACAGAGGCAGAAUAAAAGGUUCAUGAUCUCCUGUGACAAUUGUCAGGAGUGGUUCCAUGGCGACUGCGUUGGCGUCAGCGAGACGCAGGGCAGCAAGCUGGAGAGGAGCGGACGGGACUGGAUCUGCCCCAACUGCACGAAUAAGAGCCAGAGCCAGCCAGACCCCCAGCAGAGCCACCCUGACUGCCUGACACUGCCCUCAUCUGGGGAGGAGGAGAGAGUGCAUGAGGAGCAGGCCAGUAAGGAGGCUGUGGCGCAGGAGGAGACUGAAGUGGUUGCUGAGGCUGAAAUGGAGACGGACAGUUCUCUGCCCCAGUGCAUUGGCCCAGGGUGCAGUAUGCACGCUCUUCCCGACUCCGGUUACUGUGGCACAGACUGCAUCCUCCGGCAUGCGGCUGCCACUAUGAAGACCCUAUCUGACUCCAAAGAGACCAAUGCCGAGCAAAGCCCACAGAGUAGAGCAGCAGCCAAACCUGGCCCUAAGGGUCAAAGGUCGGCUAGGAUUCCCCAGAGGUUGUCGGCGGAGCGGCCCGAAGAGGAGAAGGAGGCUGAAGAAGUUGAGGACAAGGAACCUGACACAUCUACCUCUCCCUUAUCCUGCAACCCUAGUCUCACUGCAGUACAGGCCACAUCCAUAGAAUCAUCUAUGUUUUACAAGUCGACAAAAAGGGCCAGUGAGCAGGUUGAGAUUGAGCCCAUGGCUCCUCAGACACAUUCUCCACAAAACUCUCCUUCAGACAAUAUCACUGAGUCCGCUCCUCCUCUGCGAGGUGCUCCAGGAAAAACCAAGAGACCAGCAAACAUCGGCAGUGUCUCCAAGAAACCCUCUGAGGAUACUCCCCCUGUCAAACAACCCAACCCCCCCAAAUCAAGCUUCUCUCCAUCCCCUGAGGUCCCAAACACCUCAGUCUCCAGACACCAUGAAACAGGGGCCCUGAGGAUCGUCAAGACCUCCUUCACCAUCCCCAAGAAGCAGCCUGUCACCCCCACCCCGCCCUCACCUUCACCUCCAGUCCCACUGAAUGAAACCAGAACCCUGCCUGUGUCCCCAGCCCCAAUCGCCCCUUCCUCCAGACCCCCCCAGCCAGCCAAUAACCAGGUCAGGCAGAGCAUCCAACGUUCUCUUACCAACAUCCUGUUCAAGAGGGUGUGCGACGGUGACGAUUUGGAGAGGUCUGAGAGUGAAGUGGGAAAGCUGGUCACCAGCAUCGAGACGGAGAUGUUUAACAUAUUUAACAAUACAGACAGCAAGUACAUGAACAAGUACCGAACCAUCAUGUUCAACCUUAAAGACCCCAAAAAUAAGGGUUUGUUCUACAGUGUCAUCCGUGGUGAAGUCAGUCCCUUCAGACUGGCCAGGAUGAGCCAGCGGGACAUGCAGGCCACAAAGGUGUCUGAGCCGAGCAAAAUGGACUCUCUAGCGGUCCGGGAGUCUGGUCCCAAAGCCCCAUGUGUACUUCCAAACCCAGCGCCUGAGCCAGUGAAGGUUGACCUACCCAGUCUUCCCCCCAGGACAAAUAGACACAUGGAGAAGACCACUCUCCACGCUGCCCCUAAGGCCAGACCUAGCCAGUCGAGCCGGAGCAGCUCAGUGCCAGCCAUCCUCAACUCCAUGCUGAAAGACACAACUGCCGAGCACAGAGCUCACCUGUUUGACCUCAAGUGCAAGAUCUGCACAGGUCAGAUAUCAGUCGAGGAUGAGGCGGAGCCUUUAGCCAAGAAGCCUAAACUCUCUGGGUCAUCGUCGUCCUCCACCAAACCAGACCAAUGGAGAGACAGGCCGUCUCGGCCACCCUGGAUGUAUGCCAGAACAGAUCUCAGAACAGAGGAGAGAGGAUGGAGAACUCCAGCUGGAGAUGAAUCACCCCUCCUUGCACCCCCCACCAUGGAUUCCUCUGCUUCCCCAGUAAUGGAGGAUGACGCUGCCUUAACCAUCAUGGAAUCCCCCACUUCUCCCACAAUGGAAUCUCCCGCUUCUACAACAAUGGAAUCUCCCGCCUCCCCCAUUUUGGAAUCCCCUGCCUCCCCUGUUAUGGAUUCUCCCGCCUCCCCUAUUCUGGAAAACUGCAAAGCCAAGACACCGUCCAGAAUGUAUACCCCAGUCAUGAUCCCGGCUGUUUCUACGGUAACCAUCACAAGGCGUGACCCCCGCACCAUUGGCAACCGUUCUGCUGCUCUGUAUGGUGACCCCCGCACAGCAGAUAACUGCACUCCUGCCAUGGCAAGUGUCGCCUUGUCUACAGCCCCACUUCCACCGGUCUUUCAUGCCCCUGUGAAACAGAGUGGUACUCUGAGCAAGCCAUUCAUGCCCUUGCCACCCCCUCCAUCCCUGCCACCAAUGCCAGCAUUACCCAAAUCUAUCCUGACGAAGCCAUCCUCCUCAUCGUUCUAUGGUUCAUCUGGAUCAUCUGCAUCCUCUUCAAGGGCUACGAACUCCCACACCCCUCCAGACGGUGAGACGGCCCAGUUCCUGGCCAAGCAGGAAGUAUUGUGGAAGGGCUUCCUCAACAUGAUCAGCGUGGCCAAGUUCGUCACCAAGGGCUAUCUGGUCUCAGGGCCCUCCGAAUACCUCAAAGAGGACCUGCCUGAUACCAUCCAGAUUGGUGGAAGAAUCAUGCCUCAAACUGUGUGGGACUACAUCGGGAGAGUGAAGGCCUCUGUUACAAAGGAGCUGAGUGUGAUCCGGUUCCACCCAGCGACAGAGGAGGAGGAGGUGGCCUACGCGUCUCUGUUCUCCUACUUCAGCAGCAGACGGCGCUUCGGGGUGGUGGCCAACAAAAGCCGCAGCAUCAAGGAUAUCUACCUCAUCCCAGUCAGCGCGAAGGAGUCCAUUCCAUCCAAACUCCAACCUUUCGAAGGAUCAGGCCUUGAGAAAAAUCGCCCCAAUCUUCUUCUGGGACUGGUUAUUUGCCAGAAACCCAAACGUGCGGAAAGCGUACCACAAGCGGUUGAAGAGAAGAGACCCAAGAUCCGUAUGUCCAAAGACCCCAGAGAUAUUGGCCUCCCUAGACCCCCUUCGCUGUAUGGGUCUGACCCUAGAAUGGAGGAAUUCUUGCCCUAUGACCCAGAGAUGCCCAUGUCCCCCCUUCCUGGUUCCCCUCCUUCCACUGGAUCCCUGUCACACUCCUCCUCCUCUGGCUCACUGACUAGCCCAUCACUUCUGUCCUCCAUUAGAGCUUCUGCCCCUCCCCCCACCACUAGCUCCUCCGCUGCACCUAGCAGCACCGCCACCAGUCCCCUGCAGACCUUCCUGAAGUCACUGUUUGGGAUGGACUCUCCUGCAGUCCCAGCAGUUGCUGCAGUGCCCCUUCCAUCCACUCUCCCCCCUCUCCCAAUGGUGGAUCCAAUAGUCCAGCAGUACGGGCAGAAAUCCAAAGUCAAAGAGAUUGAGGAGGAGGAAAAUGAAUAUGAUCGACCAUACGACCCAGGGGAAGAGUAUGGUCCAGCAAUGGGCUAUGGAUUGGUUGCCCCAAUUUGUACGGAUAAAAAGUUUGAGGCGAAAGCUGCCUCUCUGGCCGUUUGUGCUGAUGAUGACGACGUGGCUUACGACCCUGAGGAUGAGACUAUCUUUGAGGACAUGCACAAGGAUGGGGUCAGUGUAGCAAAAGCCCCAUCUCCAACUCCUACCCCAGCUCAAGCUCCUACCCCAGUCACAGUACAAGCCCCAGUCCCAGCUCCCACUCCAGCCCCUCUGUGCCUCCCCAUUACUGGUGAUGUAAUUGUCUCGGCCGCUACUCUGACUGAACAACAGCGAAUGCUUGAGGAGCUCAACAGGCAGAUCGAGGAGCAGAAACAGCAGUUGAAGGAGCAGGAGUGGGCACUGCGUCAGCAGAGAGAGGCAGUGGGCAUGUUCAUGGCCCACUUCUCUGUUUCUGAUGCCUUGAUGUCUCCCCCUCCUAAAUCUGGGCGGUCUCCAUUUCAAACACAGCAGACUGAAGGAGAGCAGUCUGAGGCGAAUCCUUCAGCGGAUCAAAAAGCUUUGAAAGGUCUCUUGAAAACAGAAGUACCAGUAAAACAAGAGAUUAAGACAGAGACCAAGACUGUACCUCUUUCAGAGUCAAGAAAUGUGGAAAUGCCCAGUGCAACAGCGAAGCGGGUAAAAGAGAUUAAAAAGGAAAAUAUUCAGGCAACCGACAAUUCAGAUCCUGAAGCUGGUGAGAUCCAGGACUCUGAUGUAGCUUACGACCCAGAGGAUGACACGAUCUUUGAUGAGCUGCAAGACGUGAAUGUAGAAGAGAAGGGGAAAACUCUACCACAUUCAGCAAGGCGUUCUGGGCGGUCUCGUGACUCCUCGGUGUCUAGCUCGUGUCGUGGCACAUCGCGCAAUGACACUCCUGAUAGGAGGCGUAAGCAUAGCAGCCAACCGCGUACUCACUCACCCAAAAGACGGGACCGUAAAAUCAAGGACCGCCACAAAAGCCCUCCUCGUCGAUCUGGCAGGCGGUCCCCUGGACGCUCUGAUAGGCAAAGGGACAGACACAGACGGGGUGGGAGGAGCCAACCGUAUCACAGAGAUUGUGACCAGUCUGACCGCACAGGCCGCCAUCUCCCUCAUAAAGAGAGCACUUCUCGGCGCAGCUCUUGUAGCCGUAGAAGAUCCCCAUCUACACCAAGAAAAACACUAGAUUCCGCCUCUAGGGGAGUCUCAAAGGGUCAAAGGGAGUCUUCUCCUCCUCCAGUGUCAGAAGACUCCAAGCGUCCAGAGGCUCCUGAAGACAUGGGUCCUACGAGCCCAGCUCCAGCACUGGUCAUGGAGACUAAUGACUCACCUCAGCCCCCUCUUGAUAGAAAGGACAUUAAUGAAUCACUGUGUGAUCGUUCUGAGUCUGGACGUCCACCACAGGGAAAGAUUGAGUACGCAGGCCAUCAAAUGCCCCAUGAAAAUCCCACUCCCCAGCAACCUGGGGAUCAACAACCUCCUCAAAGCUUGCUGCGAUCACCACCAACAGGCCUCAACAACCAGCAAGGCCUCAACUUACAGCGUCAAGACAAUAGGGAUAGGGCCUCUCAACGGGAAAUACUAGAGCAACGCAUUGUACAGAGCCCAUCAGACAUUAUGAGAGAAAAACAGUUUUCCUCACAAGGUCCUCCCCACAAGGCGUCUCCAAACCAAGGGCCAGAUAUGAUAGUACAAGGGCAAGACAUGAGGGGGGAAAGGAGAGGGCUGCAAAUGAGGCAUCCAGGUCCAGAACCAAAUAUGAAAAGUCCAGAUAUGAGAGGGGAACACUUCUCACUAACAACUAACUUUGGAGGUCCGCCAUCGCCCCAUUUCAACAGUCUAAGGAUGUCUUCAUCCAUUCCAAGAGGACAUUUUGAGGACCAAAGAGGAGCACAUCGUCCUGGUUUCCAUGGCCCCAGGGGUCCUCGUCCCUCGAGGUUCAACCGGCCCAGAGGCUCAUCUCCAGGGCAUUUCCCAGACAAAGGGGAGCCACCACGGUCCUGGUUUGAUGGUCCACAUCAGCCCGUGAUCAGACUUCAAGGGCUGCUAGGAACAACAAGAGACGCCAACAACCAGCAUCAUGACAGUGAAGGUGGGCCUGUUCAAUCAGAAAUAAAGGAGCAACACAUUGUACAGAGUCCUUCAGAGAUGAUGAGAGAGAAACAAGGUCCUCCCCACAUGACUUCUCCAAACAACCAGGGUGAGUGGUCCAGCAGUUUAGAGAGGACAGUUCCCGAUAGGAGGGAGGGGAGAAGAAACCAAGGCCCAGACAUCAGAGGGACAGAUAUGAUGGGACCAGGGCCAGAUAUGAUGGGACCAGGGCCAGACAUGCAAGGUCCAGGGCCAGACAUGUGGGAUGAUAGAAGAGGGUCAGACAUGUGGGAUGAUAGAAGAGGUCCAGGGCCAUACAUGAGUGGUCCAGGGCCAUACAUGAGAGGUCCAGGCCCAGACAUGAGAGGUCCAGGCCCAGACAUGAGAGGUCCAGGCCCAGACAUGAGAGGUCCAGGCCCAGACAUGAGAGGUCCAGGCCCAGACAUGAGUGGUCCAGGGCCAUACAUGAGUGGUCGAGGCCCAGACAUGAGAGGUCCAGGCCCAGACAUGAGAGGUCCAGGCCCAGACAUGAGAGGUCCAGGCCCAGACAUGAGUGGUCCAGGCCCAGACAUGCGAGGUCCAGGCCCAGACAUGCGAGGUCGAGGGCCAGACAUGAGGGGUGAUGGGAGAGGGCUAGACAUCUUGGAUGAUCGAAGAGGUCCAGGGCCAGAGAUGAGAGGGCCAGAGACUGACAUGUGGGGUGAUAUGAGAGGUCCAGAGCCAGACAUGAGAGGUCCAGAUAUGAGAAAAGAACGAAGACACCCAGAUAUGAGGGAUCUAGGACCCGACAUUAGGAAUCCAAACAUGAGGAGUUCAGGCCCAGACAUGAGAGAUCCAGAAAUGCCAGGCCCAGAUCCAGACCUGAGAAGUCCAGACAUGAGAGGGGACCACUUCACACCUAUAGCUAACUUCGGAGGACAGAGGCCACCAUCGCCUUAUUUCAACAGUCCAAAGAUUUCCUCAUCUGUUCAAAGAGGACAUUUUGAGGAUCAAAGGGGAACACAUCAUCCUGGUUUCCAUGGCCCCAGGGGUCCUCGUCCCUCGAGGUUCAACCAGCCCAAAGCGUUACCUCCAGGGCGUUUUGCAGACAAUGGGGAGCAGCCACAGUUCCGUUUUGAGUGUCCACAGCCAGUGGUAACACCUGUUCCUGUCUCGCUUGUAACAUCAAGGGAGCACAGUAUACAGAGCCCUUCGGACACUCUGAAAGAAAGCCAGAUACCCUCACAAGGUCUUCCCCACAGGGCCUCUCCAAACAACCAGGGGGAGCGGUCCAGCAGUUUAGAGAGGAGAGAUCCUGAUAUUAGUGAGGGAAGGAGAAACCCAGGGCCAGACAUCAGAAGUCCAGAUAUAAUGGGACCAGGACCAGACACUAGGGGUGAUAGAAGAGGGCCAGACAGGAGAGGUCCGGGUCCAGACAUGAGAGAUCUAGACACAAGAGGUGAUUGGAGAGGGUCAGAUAUGAAAGAUCCAGAACCAGACACAAGAGGUGAUUGGAGAGGGCCGGGCCCAGACAUCAGAGGUCCACGGCAGGACACAAGGGAUGAUAGGAGAGGCCCAGGGCCAGACACGAGAGGUCCAAGGCCAGACAUGUGGGAUGAGAGGAGAGGGCCAGACAUGAGGGGUCCAGGGCCAGACAUGAGAGAUCCAAGGCCAGAUAUGAGAGAUCCAAGGCCAGACAUGAGAGAUCCAAGGCCAGACAUGAGAGAUCCAAGGCCAGACAUGAGAGAUCCAAAGCCAGACAUGAGAGAUCCAAGGCCAGACAUGAGAGAUCCAAGGCCAGACAUGAGAGAUCCAAGGCCAGACAUGAGAGAUCCAAAGCCAGACAUGAGAGGUCCAAGACCAGACAUGUGGGAUGAGAGGAGAGGGCCAGGCAUGAGGGGUCCAGGGCCAGACACGAAAGGUCCAGGGCCAGACAUAAGGGGUGAUAGGAGAGGGUCAGGACCAGAUAUGAGAGGUGAUAGGAGAGGGCCAGACAGGAGAGGUCCCAGUCCAGACAUGAAAGAUCCAGAAUCAUACAUAAGGGGUGAUAGGAGAGGUCCAGACAUUAGAAGUCCAGGACUAGACACAAGAGGUGAUAGGAGAGGCCCAGGGCCAGACACGAGAGGCCCAGGGCCAGACACGAGAGGCCCAGGGCCAGACACGAGGGGCCCAGGGCCAGACACGAGGGGCCCAGGGCCAGACACGAGGGGCCCAGGGCCAGACACGAGGGGCCCAGGGCCAGACACGAGAGGUCCAAGGCCAGACAUGAGAGGUCCAAGGCCAGACACGAGAGGUCCAAGGCCAGACACGAGAGGUCCAAGGCCAGACACGAGAGGUCCAAGGCCAGACACGAGAGGUCCAAGGCCAGACACGAGAGGUCCAAGGCCAGACAUGUGGGAUGAGAGGAGAGGGCCAGACAUGAGGGGUCCAGGGCCAGACACGAGAGUUCCAGGGCCAGACACGAGAGGUCCAGGGCCAGACAUGAGAGGUCCAGGGCCAGACAUAAGGGGUGAUAGGAGAGGGUCAGGGCCAGAUAUGAGAGGUGAUAGGAGAGGGCCAGACAGGAGAGGUCCCAGUCCAGACAUGAAAGAUCCAGAAUCAGACAUAAGGGGUGAUAAGAGAGGUCCAGACAUUAGAAGUCCAGGACUAGACACAAGAGGUGAUAGGAGAGGCCCAGGGCCAGACACGAGAGGUCCAAGGCCAGACAUGUGGGAUGAGAGGAGAGGGCCAGACAUGAGGGGUCCAGGGCCAGACAUGAGGGGUCCAGGGCCAGACAUGAGGGGUCCAGCGCCAGACAGGAGAGGUCCAGGGCCAGACAGGAGAGGUCCAAGGCCAGACAGGAGAGGUCCAGGGCCAGACAGGAGAGGGCCAGACAGGAGAGGUCCAGGGCCAGACAUUUUACAUUUACAUUUGAGUAAUUUAUCAGACGCUCUUAUCCAGAGCAUCUUACAGUUAGAUAUGAGUGGUUCAGGCCCAGACAGGUGUCCAGAAAUGCCAGGCCCAGAUCCAGACAUGAGAAUUCCAGCUAUAAGAAGAGACCACUUCACAACAAACAAUUUUGGAGGACCGAGGGAAGUACAUAGUCCUGGUUUCCAUGGCCCCAGGGCUCUUCGUCCCUUGAGGUUCAACCAGCCCAGAGGCUUAUCUCCAGGGCAUUUCGCAGACAACGGGGGGCAGCCACGGUUUGACAGUCCACAGCCAGUGGUAAGACCGUUGAGGCAUAAAGGAGGUUUACUCCCCACUCGCCCGGAGGGUCUCAUUAGUUUGCUGAACAACACCCCAGAAGCUUUUAAAGAAGACCAGUGGCAGAAUAGUCAAUCACCUGAUACGAGGAGAACAAGCCUACCCAGAGAGGACUGUGAAAUGAGAUACUAUGGAGACAGAGAAAGCCACUCUGAGGAGCGUGGCCAUUCUGGUAACCCUAGAGACAGCGGGAACUUCCAGGGCUCAGCGCCCCGCUUGUCCCAGGAGCGGCAGUUGCCUGAGGACAACAGGAGAGAGUGGGGUGGCAGUCAUAGAAGGCAGAGGGGCAGGGGGACAGGUAGGCCUAUGAGUAGGGAGAGCGAAGGGGUUAGAGGGAGGGAAGCAGACAGGCCCAGAGAGGAGGUGGGUGAAAAGAAAAAGACACCCGCGGAAACCGACAAAGACAUUGGAAGAGCCACAAGCAUGGAAGGAGAUGCAAACAGAGUUAUCACUAGUCUGCACAAACGUUCACUUUCAAAAGACAGCGACAGAAACAGUUUAAAGGAUGGAAGUGGAAAGAAAGAAGAAGAAGAAAUGGGGGGGAAUGGUAACAAGGUUGAAUCAACAGACACCCCCCAGACAGAUACCUCCCAGGAGAGUUAAGGGCUUGACUGGAGACUACGGUUAACAUAAAUGCAUGGAUUUUGACAUUUUUUUUUACCUGUUGGGCCAUUUUCAGCACUACACACAUUGAAUAUAUCAUGUGAAUACAGUAAGAAAAUCUACGGGAAAAGUGAUUGUUGCAGAAUUGAUGGAAAACGAUGGAAAAGAUCUGACUGGUAUUGCCAUUUUAACUAAAUGUCUGAAACGUGUUAGUGCUAUGAUUUCACAAAUCCUCGACUAAGUUUGAAGUUGGCCUACAAACGAAUUAGACCAUACUGCUGUCAUCUGUUCACUGGUUAUAAAGCCUUCAUUUUGGUUAAUCUCAUGAUUAAAUGUUUUAGAAUAAAUGAAAACUUAAUUUCAUUUUUUUUUCUGUAUUAUGUUUUAAUUUGUUGAACGCAGGCCAAUAAAAACGUAAGGAAUUAUCCUACUUGCAUUUCAUUUGAACCACAAUCAAUUGAGAAAGGAGAAACCCGCACACUGCUCUUGCUAGAAUCACUGCUCUUUAUUAAGCGUUCCGUAUUCUUUUUUCUCACCUUAUUCAACUGUUACCAUGCACUUGCAACAAAGAUAGCCCAGAUGUGCGAGUGCCUUUUGAAUUUGGAACCACAAUCAAUUAUCAGGUUUGUCUGAUAAAAUUGUUUCCUAAUAUUUUAAAGAAUUGCAUACGUUUUGAGUUUUGCUUGUAAUGUACAUUUAGUGAAUUUAAGAAGUAUUGUGUAGCCUAUGCAUAAUGGAAAGGUCAUGCCAUAUUAUUUCUGGUCAAGCACUGGGGCAUUAUUAACCUAAACUUAGGCCCACAGCCAAAGCACUUUCUCAGUUAUGAGUUAUCCACUUAGCCCUGUACUGUAGUUCAAUACCAACUCUUGCUCCUCUUGUUGUGGCUUUGGGGGCCUUUGCGCCCCAUUUAGAAAUUACACAAGGGGAAAAACUCUCUCACAAUAGGGUCUUUUACAUAUAUUUUCAAUACUUUUUUGACUUUUUUGACCUUCCAUAAAUGUUUGCCCAUGGUAGAAUUGGUCACAAAGGGAUUUUUUUGGGGGGGAGGGGGGGGGCCUGACAUUUACCAAAACAUUCAGGAGAUGGUGCUCCAUUUUCCAUACCCCACCCUACCAUGAGACAUCCAUGUCUUCAUCACUGAAAAAGAUGAACAGCUGAGUUUGCUAUAGUUUGAAAGCAUACAAACAGGGUUAUCAAAGAGUUUUAUAAGACACGGCAUACUCUUGAAUGUGUCAUGUUUUCGCUUAUAAUAAAUGUACUAAAAUGUGAAUAAAAUGUCAAUUUCAUAUGGCACCGCAAAGAUGGUUGGAAGUCCACACAUCACAGAAUGUUGACUUGAGUGGGAAUAUCCACUGUUUUAAAUUAUAACAUCAAUCUUCCAUAGGAAACGUAUUGAAAUCCUAGAAAUACAGGUAAUAGAAUUGACAUUCCCAUUCAAGUUGACAUUUGACGUCGGGUGGAAUGGAGCUAGUAAUUUGAAGUAAAUUCAAUUUAAAAUGUCAAUUUUCUACCAGUUAAAGAAAUUAUGAAAUUAUUUGAAGACUCAGUUGGAUGGUUUUCAAAUGACAUCAAACUCAACCGUUUAUCAAUGAUGAAGACGUGUAUGUCUCAUGCGGAGGUGUAGUAUGCAAAAUCUGUCAAAUUAGAGCACCUCUAUCGGCAGAUUCGGGUUAAAAAAAGUCCCACUGGGCAUACACUGGUUGAAUCAACGUUGUUUCAACGUCAUUUCAAUGAAAUGAUGUUAAACCAACAUGGAAAAGACUGAACUGAUGUCUGUGCCCAGUGACGUCACUUUCUGCCCACUUCUACCACGGGAAAACAUGUAUGAAACAUUGCAUUAAAAUCACAAGCUGUGCAGUCAGAAAAAGAUUGAAUUCAUUGUGAAUGGCCCAAUAAACUGGGUUACUCUACUUGCACAAUCUUAUUAAAAAUAACAAUAACUAAGGUAGAUCUGGCGGGCUCUGAGGUACCAGAACACAUGACAUUUUUUAAAUGUAUUUAUUUAUAAUAAAGCAUUGCAUGCAUUGUCAUUGCUUUUGCGUAGUGGCAUAGGGCAGUAGAGUGGAGGGGCUUGCAGAAGUUGCACACAUGGGGGAAAAUGUUUGUACCCGAGGGUCCUGGGGAAAAAUGUGGCUUUUUAUAACGCAUUUCAUGCAAUUCUACAUCAUUUUACCUGACUGAAUCUUUUUUAUUACUGCACAAAUGAUGUAAAUGACAGGCUACUUUGACACGGACAAACUGAGAAUCUGAGGUCAACCACAACGACCUUGUCUUGAAUCCAGGCCUAAGUGUGUGAAGACACACAUAUUGCACAAAGCUUCCAGUAACUGCUCAUUGAGUGGAACUGAGAAAAAUGGCUUUUAUUUACCUUGGUUUCACAGUAACUUUACGCAGUUACUGCUAACAUGACCCCCAUUUUCUCCAAAACACAAUACAAUAGAGGCAGGAUACUUGUCCACAUGAUUAAGCCUGUAUUUAAUGUAAAUUAACUCAUUUUCGACCACACGAGCACUUACUGACUUUUUGCUUGGUAGGGCAGAUUUGCAAUCCAACCUGCGUUUUCACGCGAUUCUAUUUGAAAUAUAAGGGCUGUUUUGGCUGCAUUCUGUUCACUGACAGAUUUGCCGCCCAUUCCCGACUAGGCUAUACCAUUUAAUUGGGCUACACACAACCCACAGCUAGGCUAUAAAAGAAAAAAAGCUAUUAAUACUCUGUGGCUAAAUUAUAGGCCUACUCCUGAUUUAGAAUUCAGAAUUAUUUCAGUGAAUCUCACUGUAGUUAUGUGGGAGAUUCAGGGCCCUUCUCUCUCUCACAACAGUAACGGCUGCGUUUGGACAGUCUCUAGGCUAGCCUACAAUGUUGCACAAACCAUAAACCCGAACAGCCCAACACAAAUCAAUUAGAAUACCAGGCACGUUUUCACAUUACGUUUAUUAAGGAGGCAGGUAAAUUACAGAGGAGGCAACUCGAAUUAAAGAUAUUCGCUUUCAAAGGAAGUUUUACAUUGCAAACAGUGAAAAUGAUUUGUCAUGUCAGGAGAUGUACCAGAUCUGGGAAAAUAGGUUCCAGCACGAAACAGUCCAAAACUGAGAGGUGUGGGAUUCUUUUCCGACAGGCUCUGGCUCAAAUUAAGCACUGCCUACAAAACAUAACUAAACUCAGCAAAAAAAGAAACGUCCUCACUGUCAACUGCGUUUCUUUUCAGCAAACUUAACAUGUGUAAAUAUUUGUGUGAACAUAAGAUUCAACAACUGAGACAUAAACUGAACAAGUUCCACAGACAUGUGACUAACAGAAAGUGAAUAAUGGUUCCCUGAACAAAGAGGGGGGGCAAAUUAAUUGAGCUUUUGGACAAGUAAAAAAUCUGGCCUACUUGUGUCUAAAAAAGUGAAUGUCAAGCCCUGAACAGACACAUUUUUGUGUCGUGCUGCUGUAGUGUCCUGAGGUACCAUAGAGCAGGGUUUCGCAAACUCUGUCUUGGUGCCAACCCUGGGUGCACAAAAAAAAUAAAAACAUACAACCGGAGGGGCCCCAGGACAGAGUUUGGGAAACCCUGCCAUAGAGUGCUAUUCUCCUGUGGUGACUUUCUCCUCUCCGGAUUUACAGAGCACAAUCUGUGGUAAGACUGGUCAGCGGAUCAAGCCUAGCAGUGUCUCAUGCCAGGUCAUGGUCCGGCAGGAGACCGCAGAGCCACCAAGUGACCCACAGGCAUCGGAGCAGUGAAAACAACGUCUUAAGCCGAGUGGACACUACAUGAUUUUGGCCACGAUUUAGCUGUCCCAGACAAGUUUUUGAGAUCGGAGACAAAAUCCCCAAUGUCGUUGCCUACUCAGGGCGUGCGGCCGUCAGCGACGCUUGCUUAAUGUGAGUGUGUCAAAGACGCAAUCUGAGGACUACCGAGCAGUCCCAGACAUCCAGGUUUGAUUUUAUUGCCACAAAAUCUGCAAUUCUCUUCUAGUGUGAGAUGUGCAAUGACAAGUUUUGAAAAAAAUCUCACACUUGUCUGGGACAGCUAAAUCGUGGCCAAAAUCGUUAAGUGUACAGCCAGCUUUAGAGUUAUAACACCUAUUUAAUUAUUAUUCUAUUUAUUAUAUGAAAUAUAAUUGUACCUCAAUGUGAUUAUUAGCCUCCUUAACAGGGCAUGUACUCAAACAUGUAAUUCUCCAUCUUCAUCAUUUGGCCAUAAUUUUUCGUCAGAUUUCAUAAAUUUGUAUUUUGAUAAAAAAGUGUCCUGAUAGUUCGACUGAUAUUUCAAAUUAGCUUCACUUCCAAACCUCAUGAACGACAAUAAUUAAACGGGGGAAAGUUUUAAGUUUCAGACCAUGCAAGUAACAUUCCAACAUUUUGACUGAGGGCCUGGGUUAUACAAUGCAAGUGUAACUGCACUCAAGGGGUCAUUUGGAUCAGGUUACUGUAGAAUGAAGGAGAGAUGUUUUUUAUACAACUUUACAUAGUUGAUUCUGAGGCAACAAACCUUUUUCCCCCAAAAUAAGAGCGAUUUACUGAAUAUCGUGCACAGAUGACACUGUUUCUCUAGCGUUGAUGAAAACGUGGUGAUCCACUGACUAGAUUUCAGUUUAGUUAUUGUUAAUCGUAUGUGCAUCUUUCAAUUCUAAUAUUUGUGCAAUAUUUUUUGGUGUUUUAUACAGGUUUGUUUAGUACUUGUGUCUGCAGUAAAUACACUAAAUAUAUAUUGUUCAAUGAUGCUUCACUCUGUAUAGACUCUGUUCAAAACUAUGUUAUUGUGACAGUUUUUCACAUUACCCUGCUUAUAUUGGAUAUUUAAAAAAAUAAAUGUGACAAUUUACUUGUU